ACCUAUGAUACAUUAAUACACAAACAUUUGUAUUCAUCGUUUUACAAUCGAUAAAUAUUAUAAUAUUGUAAAAUGUUAUAACCAUUAAAUAAACAAAUAUUAGUAUAAAAAACUUACUCCGCGCGGAUUAUCAUCUAGUAAUAUUAUUUGCCAAAAUUAAUAUACAAGGACAUAAAUAUUAAUUCAUAAAUAUAUUAUAUUUAUGGUUUUACCCUAAAAAUAUUUAAAACUAAAAUAAUUUUCUAACCAGGUUUUUUUGUUAUUUUCGUGUUAUAGGGGAGAAAAUGGUAUCUGAUAAUAUUUAAAAAAUAAAAAACAGCAGAAAAUAGAUAAUUGGUUCGAAAUGUCGUUUUAAUAGGUUCAGCGCCAACGAUCAGUCAGGAAAUUAUAACUUCACCUUCCAUUCUCUCUAUCUUCUUUUCAAUCAUCUCCAGAAUGAAAUAUACAAUUAGGUAGUUUCGAUUCGAUGCUGCUCAGCUCAUCAAAGAAACAAUGGCGACUAAAGAUGAAGUCCAGAACCAUCCUACCGAUCCACUGUUGCAGGCAUCAGAAAGUGACGGUCACGAAGAGUUCAACGGAGCUUCUUUCACCGGAGCGGUAUUCAACCUCGCAACAGCGAUCAUCGGUGCUGGUAUCAUGGCUUUGCCCGCCACGAUGAAGAUCCUUGGACUUGUUCCCGGAAUCGUGAUGAUCCUUCUCAUGGCUUUCUUGACCGCCAAGACUAUUGACUUCUUGCUUAGGUUUAGCGGAAUCGGGAACGCUAGAAGAUCGUACGGUGGUUUGAUGGAAGAUUCUUUCGGUAAAACCGGAAGGAUUGUGUUGCAAGUUGCUGUUCUUGUUACCAACAUUGGGGUUUUGAUCGUUUACAUGAUCAUCAUUGGUACCUUAUCUUUGAUAUUAUAUUGGUCUCUUGUUCCCUACGGCUACUCCAUCACUUACUACCUCUAAUCUGAGGUUUGGCUCCAUCACCGCCGCUCUCAUUGCUGUAAUCUUUGUGGGUGCAAACUUCAUUCCAAGCAUCUGGGAUGCUUUCCAACUCACUGGAGCUACAACUUCUGUCUGCAUCGGUUUCAUAUUCCCUGCUGCUGUCAUCUUGAAGUAAGUCCCCAUUGUUUCUCAUAACAGACUGGUU